GCAGGUGGUGGCAGGCUCUGCAUUCCGAGCUCCCCUAUCGAUCUCUGCUGAAUCUGCCAGCCAUUCAAACAAUACUUUCGCUCAGCACUCGCACCUUUCAUAGCGCAGCUUCAUCAUACAUACACUUCACUCUCUCAUCUCGGUUGCGGCCAAUCCACUUGAAACCAUGGCCAUGUACAUGUGCGGCCAUGCCGUGGGCUACUACGCGGUUGUUGUUGGCCUGCUGAUCACCACCCUCACGCCACCGCUGGCGGCUGGCAUACCAUGGCCAGUCUGCAGCAGCAGCUCCGCCGGGAACUACACCGCUAACAGCACCUACGGCGGCAACCUCCGCCUGGUCGCCGCCGCCCUGCCAAGCGACGUCUCCACGUCCCCUACCCUCUUCGCCGUCGCCACAACCGGGACGGCACCGGACAUAGUUUACGCCAUCGGGCAAUGCAUCGGCGACCUGCAGAGCGCCGCCGCUGCCUGCCGCGACUGCAUCGCGGCCAGCUUUGAGCAGGCGCAGAAGAUGUGCCCACACAACAAGGGUGCGGCCAUCUUCGACCACGACAACGGCACAUGCCAAAUCGGCUUCUCCAACCAGGAUUUUCUCGUUUCCCACGCCAACUCGCAGGACCAGGAGGUGAUGGUCUAUAACGCUGAGAACAUCACCUCCGACAUCGCCAGCCGGUUCAACGCGUUCACCUACACGCUGCUCAACAGUAUGGCCGAGUACGUUUCGACAACAAACUCAACAAACAAGUACGUGACAGCAUCGAUCGCCAUAGAUGCCGCGACCUACCCGUAUAUCUACGGUAUGGCGUCGUGUACCCCUGACCUGGUACCUUGGCAGUGCCGUGGGUGCCUUUCUGCUGCAAUUUCCGAUAUGAUAUCAGGAGACAAAAUUACCGUCUACACCAAGGGCGCCAGGAUCCGUGGUCUGCGGUGCACCGCGCAGUAUGAGCUGUACCGUUUCUACAACAGUUCCACCAUGCUUCAGCUGUCAGCGGCGGUGCCACCGCCACCGCCACCGCCACCACCGCCAGCCAUUCAUCAUCAGGAUGGUCUGUUUCAUGGCGUUUAUUCUUUUUUUGUCGCUGGAGUAGUAGACGCCCAUGUCGAAGAGGUGGCAGAGAUGGCGACGAUGUCGGCGGAGUACCACGGAAAGGCUUCAGAACGCCCACAUGGAAAACAUCAUGGAUGCGAGCACCCUCAGCUUGACGCCAGCCAGCUUGAACAGAUCUCUCCAAACAUGUCCCGUAAACACCGGAUCGCGAUCACUCACGAUGGAAUUUGGAAACCCAUGAAGGCGUACAACAGCUUCGAAGAAGGCUUUGGCCACAGAUGCAGCCGUGUAUGGGUGACUGAGCGCGAUGAAAUGGGCGUGCUUGGAGAAACGAUCCACCACCGUCAAAAUGACGCUCUUGCCAUGCACGCGAGGGAGGCCUUCGAUGAAGCGCUGGUCCAGGAGGAAUUUGAGGGCGUAGUGGUCUGUACGGACUGUGAAGUGGCGGCCCCAAACAUACGGCCUCCAGUGGCGAACUGCGUGCACAAGGCCGAUGAGUUCACGCUCAUACGCGGCCAACUUGAGAUGACGGGCAGCAAAGGGACAAACUUCCGCAGGAACGGGCGCAGCACUGUGUUCAUCAAGUGCUGGAACGUGGCUGGGGCGUUGGAGGUGGAUCCUGUGGUCACACGCGCGCGCCGGCGGCAGACCUUGAGGUUCAGCGAAGAUAUCCUCAAAGGAAUCCAGCAGCCUGUCCAGCAGUGGUGCGUCGGAGUGGACUGCAUGGAGCCGAGUAGACGGGACAUCCCACCGCGUGGACCCGAUGCCGCGCCAGAACACCCGCUGCCCGCCGCGUGUGAACGCCAUGCACAAAUCGUCGAAGUCCCAAAGGAUCGGACCCAGACCGCGGAGAAACGAGACGCCCAGCACCAUGUCCCAGCGAUCCAGGGGAAUUGUGUAACAGUCCACGGCGAAGGCUUCAUUAGCAAUGCGGAUUCCUACGUCGCGCGCCAGGCCGCGACACUCGACGCGGUCACCGUUGGCCACGGUAACCCCAGUGCCGGGGCAAGGUGCGAACUGAAUGCCCACUCGUUGGGCCACAGCGCCGCUUAUGAAGUUAUGAGUAGAGCCGGAGUCGAUGAGGGCGACGCACUGCUCGCUGCCCACCUGCACAUAAAUCUGCAUGGUGUCUUCCAUGCGAAUGCCCGCAAUGGCCGCCAAGGAGAUGGUGGGUGUGGUGGACGCCUCUGUUGCUGCUGGUGCCUCAUCAUCGGAUUCCGGGGGCUCUUCCACGAUGUAGUCGGCUGCUUCGAGGAAGAACAGACGCGCGCACUUAUGGCCUUGGACACGCAGCUGAGGAUGACGCAGUGGUUGACUGUCCCGACGGCGGGCGGCGCGCUGGGCGCGGAGGUGGUCCUGGCAAUGCGAGCACCUUGGGAGCAUUGCGACGCUCAUACGCCCGUGCCAACCGCAUUGCGCGAUGGAGGUCUUGUGACGGGCAAGAUCGGCGAGGUGGUUGGUGGAGAGGGCCGGUCCAAAGCGCUGCUGGCACAGCAAGCGGAACGCCGGCCAGGCAGGGCGACCAUGGUCGCGCUCCAGGAUGAAACUUCAGCCAUCUGGCGCUGCAUGCCGUGGAACAGAAGAGUCAUCUGUUGCUGCCCCGCAGCUAGGGACGCCAAAGCUUCAGAGAGGGAAGGUUGUGCAGGAGGCCCGGUGGUGGACGUCGGGGCUGAUGGAGGAACGGAGAACGCUGGGGCACCCAGCGAUGAAACCGGCGGCGUUGGAGAGCCGCUGGUGGCUGCAGCGCCGGCGGCGGAGGUCCCAGAUGCCAUGAACACUGAUACCAGAUUGCUUACAGGAGGCAGGAUCAGCCACGACUCCUGCGCCUGGGGCAGGAGAAAAAUGUUGGUCAUAGCCUUGGUAGUGCCAGUACUUGGGUCCAUUUUUGUUUUGACCCUUUGCUUCCUUAGAUGGAACAGAAAAGUUCCACAUCACAAGGCUGAAAUGAAUCUGGCGGAAGACGAAGCCCUAGUUUGGGGACUGGAAGGAGGGAGUUCAGAAUUGACAGUUUAUGACUUCUCCCAAGUACUAGAGGCUACAGGUGACUUCUCGGAAGAAAAUAAACUUGGGCAAGGUGGCUUUGGUCCUGUGUACAAGGGCCGAUUUCUAGAUGGGAUAGAGAUAGCAGUUAAGAGGCUUUCUUCACAUUCAGGGCAAGGAUUGACAGAGUUUAAAAAUGAAAUCCAGCUCAUAGCCAAGCUCCAGCACACAAACCUGGUUAGGCUCUUGGGAUGCUGCUCCCAGGGAGAGGAGAAAAUACUAGUAUAUGAAUAUUUGCCAAACAAAAGCUUGGACUUCUUCAUUUUUGAUGAAACAAGGAGGGCCUUGCUUGAUUGGACAAGACGUCGUGCGAUAAUAGAAGGGAUCGCACAAGGACUAAUUUAUUUGCAUAAGCACUCUCGGUUACGAGUCAUUCAUAGAGAUCUUAAAGCAAGCAACAUUCUCUUGGACUCUGAAAUGAACCCUAAAAUUUCAGAUUUUGGGCUUGCUAAGAUAUUUAGCACAAAAGAUACUGAAGGAAACACAAGAAGAAUAGUUGGGACAUAUGGUUACAUGGCUCCUGAGUAUGCAUCGGAGGGUGUCUUCUCAGUGAAAUCAGAUGUAUUCAGCUUUGGAGUGCUAAUUCUUGAGAUCAUCAGUGGGAAAAGAGCAUCGAGUUUCCAUAAAUAUGGGGACUUCAUCAACAUUCUAGGACAUGCAUGGCAGUUGUGGAAAGAAGGAUUAUGGCUUCAACUCGUGGACACAUCACUAGUUAGUGAUGUUCAUGCACUAGAAAUUGUUAGAUGCAUUAAUAUUGCAUUGUUAUGUGUGCAAGAGCUUGCGGCUGAUCGACCCACCAUGUCACACGUGGUUUCCAUGCUAAGCAGCGAGAGUAUGACACUACCUGAGCCAAAGCACCCUGCAUAUUCCCACAUAAGGGUGACAACCGAAGAAGUGUCCACAGUUUUUGAUCCGCCUAGUCUUAAUGGUGUGACAAUAUCUGACCAAGAUGGUAGAUAGUUUCUUUUCAGGAUUACAGGCUAUAUGAAAUAUUUAUAUUGUUGUUGAUUGAAAGUAUUUUUCCUGUUUUAACUCAACUGUUUGUUUAAAGGCAUACAUUCGUAGACUUCUCUAUGUAUUUCUUUUUGAACAACUAGCCAAUCAACCCGCUCCUACA